AUGUCCAAGGAAGAGAUUGGGACUCUUGUCAUUGUCGUGCUCAAAGCGAGAAAUCUCAACGACAAAUAUUUCUGGAAACAAGAUGUCUUUGCGCAAGUUAACCUGAAUGGCGACAAGAAGCAGACUCACGUCGAGGUUAAAGGAGGCCAGCACCCAGUCUGGGACGAGGAGAUCCGCGUUCCGAUCUUUAAAGAUACCCAUGAAAAGUAUCGCAAACUGGAGGUUUCUUGCUGGGCCAAAGAACCGAGAAAGGAGACCAACAUUGGAGCUGGCACUCUAGACAUCAGCGAGACACUGAGGACUGGCGAAUUUGACGUGCUUUUAGACUGGAUUGCUCUUGAAUCCAACGGCGUUACGCGUGGAGAUGUCUACCUGGAAAUGACAUUCUUUGCCAGCACUCCCGCCCCAGCUGGUCAUGGACUUUCUGUCCCUAAACCAAAUAGCAGCAACUUGCAACGUCGCCCGUCGAAACUUUCUCCGGCCGAACGGCUAUCUCGACCACCUCAAUCUGAAAUUCUGCCGCUCGUUAACCAACAACAGGAUCAACGACGGCAUCCGUCCCAAUCGCCACCCUCUUCAAAACAACCUUCUCCCUCACCACCACGGCUAGGUCGAGAAUCCCCCCUUCCACCCGUGCCAGAGCAACAGUCUAGUCCUCCGGUUCCUGGUUCAUUAACACCGGGAAGGCCUCGACCAGCAGUCCAAGGAAAUACUUUAGGAUUGUCUCCUGGUGGCCAAGAAGGAGCUGCGCCAGGUCUCACUCCCCACGUGCCAUCUAUACUUCGACCUCGUAAUCCCAAGUCUUCGCCGACUCCAAUUCCUGGACCCAGAGUCGAGUAUAGUGGUGUAGUGCCAGCCCCAGAAUCAGGUUAUGACUCCGAUUUGCCCGCAAGAGCGUACACACCAGUUGUGCCCCCUGCAGACACGCCAUUCGGCUGGAAUAACGACGAUAACCAGACGGCUCCAUCCAACUUUUCUUUCCCUGUCCCCAGUUUAUCUGGGACCCAGAGCCCUCCUGUCAAUUACACACCGUCUCCUCCCAACGGAAGCGGUCCAUCGACUCCGGCGCCUUACCCGCCUCCGAGCCAACCUCCAACUUUACAACAUCAGACGUCUUAUCCACCACCAACCCAACCUGCAUAUCAACCUCCUUCCCAGCCUUCAUCAUACCCGCCAACUCCUUAUCAGCCACCUCCCACAUUCCAGUCACCUCCGCCACCUUCAUUCACGCCGGCGCCGCCAGGUGCCUUCCCGCCUACGACUAAUGGUCAAGAUUUACCAGACCCAUAUCUACUGAAGCGAUACCAGACACCACUACCCCUUCCCCCAGGGGCCCAAAACGAGACACAUCAUCGCCCACGAACUACCUCGCACGCAACGCAGGUCCAGCCAGCUCCAGCUCCUACAGCACCUUCUCUGCCGGUUAAACCUCCGCAACAACAACCACCGCCACCAUCACAACAGCAACAACAAAGCAAGCCCACUCCUGUGGCUCACGUAAAUCCUGAUAACGCGCGGAUCCAAGCCUUGAAGCAGGUUGAAGAAGAGGCGGCUCGACGCCGAGCUCAGGAGAAGCGCGAUCACGAGUUUGCGUUGAAGCAAGCACAAGUUGAGGACACCCGAAAGGCCCAGGAAGAACGUGAUUUGGAGCUAGCGCGUCAGCUUGACCGUGAAUUGAACUUGGGCGUUGCUUAA